AUGUUUCAAAGUGUUAUGAACAGCACUGGAAGCAUAGGCAAUAAUAGGUAAAAAUCGCAAGAAGAUAUAAGAUUUGAAUCUAAAAUUGAAAGAGAAAUGAGAUUAGCUGAUAAAAGAGUCCUCAUUCUAUAAGAAAAAAUAGGGAAUACAUUGAAUAUGCAUCAAGGUUCAUUUUCAAAGUAUUUCGAACAAAUUUCCAAUGCUUAAAAUCCCAUAUCUAACAAGUCGUUCUCGAAACUAAUGAAAAAUUAAGCAAUAGCAGAGGCAGAACCUAUGUUAAAAAAAGUAGAAGAAGAAGUUAAACUUAAGAGAGUAGAAGAAGUGGAUGAAGGUAUUGAUAGAGAAGAAUUUAAUUGUGAGAUAAGUGAGCAUAUUCUUGAGAGAAAUAGAGAAGAGGCAAUACUAGUAAAGGAGAAGGUGAAGGAGAUUCAAAAGGUUGUUUUGGAAUUAGACAAGAAAAUCAAAAAUGCUUAGAUCCUUGAGACCUAUGCAGUUCAUCAAAAAGAAGAAGCAUUGACCUAAUAUCAGGAAUAUUUGACUAAGAUGCAAAAGAUGAAGGAGCAGCAAAAGGAUCACAAAUAAGAGAUGGCCUAAAAAUGCAAAGAAAUUGAGAAGAUCAUUGAAAGUAAGAAAGAUGUUUAGAAAAAUAGAGAAAGAAGUUAAGAUAUCAUUAAAAAAAGAGCUGAAAGACUGAAAAAGAGUAUUGAAAAACUUAGAGAGCGAGAAUCUAGAUUUCAAAAAAUUGCAUAAAAUUAAAAGAAUGAAAAUGAUAGGUUCAUAAGUCAGUUUGAAAAUCUCUGCAGCAACUUUUAAACAGAAAAGCCUGAUGAAAUUAAUCAUAAAUACAUUCAAAAGACGCUGGAAAACUAAAGUAUAGUAAAUUGGUUCAAUGAUCUUGCCAAGCACAUUUUCGAUUUGAAAAUGAAGAAAGAAGAAUUAUAAAAAGAAUUGCAACUCUAUAUCAGUAAUAACGAUUUCAUGCUUACAUAAAACAACACUUUGAGAUAUGAUAAAGGAGAGUAUCACGAAAAAAAGAUUGAGAAUAAAAUAAUUCAAAAUAAGUAACGCAGUUCCAAGUUGACUGAUCUUCUGAAGUUUAAAAAAGAAAGUGUCCUAAGUGUGAUAAACGGGUUAAAACAUUUAGCAAGAAAGCUCUAGGCAGAUGGAGAUGUGAAUCAGAGCAUUGUUAAAUAUGAAAACUAGCCAAAGUUCGAAGUUGCAGAUAUUAAUUUUCCCGAAAUAAUUGGAACUUGUUCAUAGAUCUCGAUGUUAGUUGAAAAGAAGUUUUCCUAUCAAAUGCAAUUCAAUGAGUAGUUCUUUGGUUACAAGGUAGUCCUAUUCAAAGGAAGAGAUAGGAAUACAAGGUAUCAAACUGUUGUUUAGCUCAGGUAAUUUUUUCUACUUAAUUUAAUAAGAACUCUUAUAUAUGGUUAAGGGGGUGUUGAAAGCCUUAGAAAGAUAUAUGAAGAAUACAAAAGGGUUUCCUAGAAAAAAGGAAAAUCUACAAAUUUAAUGCUUGUAGAAAAACGAUCUUCGGUUUAAGAUUCAUAAAAUGGUGAGGAAAUGGGAUAGUCUGAAAAUGAAGAUAACAACUCAUUUCUUGAUGAUGGUUCUGGAUUUGUAUCAGAAAAUAAUGCUGGAGACCUUGAAAACGAAUUGUCAAUUGAAAAAGACGGAUUAAUUUAAGCCAAAGAGACUAUUUAACUUGGGAAAAAUUUUGUAGUCAAAAAGCACAAUCUGAGUACUGUAUAGGAGAGUGAAGAGCAUCCCUUUUCAAAGAAAAUGGAUAUGGCAUUGUAAUUUAUAGAUGAUAUGCAUGAUAAAGUCAUCUAAUUUGAAAAUUUUAAUCAUUCAUUGGAUCAAAGUGAAAUAGAAAUUCAUAACAAUCUUGAAGAGAAAAGAAGAGAGCAAAAAAACAGGCUACUAUUUCCAUAAUAAGAUGCUGAUUAGAAUAGAGCUAAAACAGCAGCAGCUGGAUCAUUUAAAAACUAGAUUUUAAGUAUGAAUGAGACUUUUAACUCAACCUCUUCUCUGAAUGGAGGAUAAAGUCAUACAUAUAGAUAGAAAUUAGCCUUAAGAAAGCAAAGAGAGCUUGCAGCAGCAAAUGGUUUCUUCAACAAAGGCAUUUCAGAUUUUGGAUUUAUUAACAUGAUAUGUGAGACUAAUAAAGAAUUCAAAAUAGUUGAUACAAGACUUCAUAAGCUUAGAAUUUAAAGACUUGGAAAAUCUUCAUCGCUACCAACACUUGAGCUAAAAAAGAUUUCAAUAUAAUAGCAUCAAGCAACCAAUAACAAUAGUAUUCUUCACAGUGCCCAUAAAUCUAAUAAGAAACCAAGAAAAGAGGAUGUAAAACAUAUUUACUAAAUAAAGAAUGUUUAGGUUUAGAGUAAUGAUCAGAAGGACAAAGGUGAUUUUAAUAGUAAACUCGGUUCUCCAAUAGUUCUCAGGCCGUAAAUCCUGAGGAAUGCAUUCUCACAGAGCGCAUAAAAUCUAAAUAUUGACGGCUAAAUGAGGAAAUUUAUGAACAAACGAGCUGUCAACGCUGAUGAAUUUUUACAAGUGUAUAAGAAAAAAGUUGAAGACUUCAAGAAAUCUUAAAAGGAGCAGAAAAGAGAACUUAAUAAAAAAUAGAAAAUGCUUUUAAAUUGA